AUGGAUCGCUGGGUAGGAAAGGUAGCAGUUGUGACAGGUGCCAGUUCGGGUAUCGGUGCUGCAACGACUAAAGCUCUCGCCACAGCCGGCAUGGUAACAGUCGGACUAGCGCGACGUCUUGAUCGAAUUGUUGCCCUGAGGAGAGACGUUCCUGCAGAAGCCGCAAAUCGUCUACACGCCAUCAGGUGCGACGUCACCAUAGAGGAAGAUAUUCGGGCCGCUUUUCAUGAGAUUGAAAAGCGCUUCGGUGGAGUCGAUGUUCACAUCAACAGCGCAGGUAUUCUGCGACGAAGCGUUCGUUUGUUGGAUGCCAACAACACGCAAGCUCUUCGAGAUGUGGUCAAUACCAACCUAUUGGGCAUGGUUCUCUGCAGCCGGGAGGCGUAUCUUUCGAUGAAAAAGCGAUCAGUCGAUGGUCAUAUCGUGCUUACAAACAGUAUCGUAGGACAUAUGGUACCGCCACUGAAUACGUUAAACAUAUACACCGCGACCAAACACGGUAUUACAGCCGUAGUGGAAACUUUGCGACACGAACUACGGCUUGAGGGUUCUAGAAUCAAAGUAACUAGCAUCAGUCCUGGAGAAACCAACACCGAGAUGAAUCCAAAAAGUGAAGCUCCCAACAAUCCCAUGCUAGAGCCAGAAAAUAUCGCAGACGCCAUUCUGUACGCCAUUGGAACACCUCCCGGAAUGCAAAUUCAGGAAAUUAUCGUAAAGCCGGUCGGGGAAGCGGUCUGA